CUCAGUCGCCGCGCGCGGUUCCGCAGGUGGCAGCGAUGGCCCAGUCCUGAGCGCCCCGCCAUGGCCGGCGCCCCCAACCCCCUGCGCCUUGCGCUCCUGCUGCUCGGGGCCGUGGGCAGGGCCGGCCCCCGCCCCCAGGGUGCCACUGUGUCCCUCUCAGAGACGGUGCAGAAAUGGCGAGAAUACCGCCGCCAGUGCCAGCGCUUCCUGAAUGAGGCUCCACCUCUUGCCACAGGUCUGUUCUGUAACCGGACCUUCGAUGACUACGCCUGCUGGCCAGAUGGGGCCCCCGGCUCCUUCGUGAAUGUCAGCUGUCCCUGGUACCUGCCCUGGGCCGGCAAUGUGCUGCAGGGCCACGUGUACCGCUUCUGCACGGCGGAAGGCCACUGGCUGCACAAGGACAACUCCAGCCUUCCCUGGAGGGACCUGUCGGAGUGUGAGGAGUCCAGGCGUGGCGAGAAAAGCUCCCAGGAGGAGCAGCUGCUGUCCCUUUACAUCAUCUACACGGUGGGCUACGCGCUGUCCUUCUCGGCUCUGGUCAUCGCCUCAGCCAUCCUCCUUGGCUUCAGACACCUGCACUGCACCCGGAACUACAUCCACCUAAACCUGUUUGCAUCCUUCAUCCUUCGAGCGUUGUCUGUGUUCAUCAAGGAUGCAGCCCUCAAGUGGAUGUACAGCACAGCCGCCCAACGGCACCAGUGGGAUGGGCUGCUCUCCUACCAGGACUCCCUGGGCUGCCGCCUGGUAUUCCUGCUCAUGCAGUACUGCGUGGCGGCCAAUUACUACUGGCUGCUGGUGGAGGGUGUGUACCUAUACACCCUGCUGGUCUUCUCCGUGUUCUCCGAGCAGCGCGUCUUCAGGCUGUACCUGAGCAUCGGCUGGGGUUUUCCCCUGCUGUUUGUCAUCCCCUGGGGUGUUGUCAAGUACCUCUAUGAGGACGAGGGGUGCUGGACCAGGAACUCAAACAUGAACUACUGGCUCAUCAUCCGGCUACCCAUCCUUUUUGCUAUUGGAGUGAAUUUCCUCAUUUUUAUCCGUGUCAUUUGCAUUGUGGUAUCCAAGCUGAAAGCCAAUCUCAUGUGCAAGACAGACAUCAAAUGCAGACUUGCCAAGUCCACACUGACGCUCAUCCCGCUCCUGGGCACCCAUGAGGUCAUCUUUGCCUUCGUGAUGGAUGAGCACGCCCGGGGCACCCUGCGCUUCAUCAAGUUGUUUACAGAGCUUUCCUUCACCUCCUUCCAGGGGCUGAUGGUGGCCAUCUUGUACUGCUUCAUCAAUAAUGAGGUCCGGAUGGAGUUUCGGAAGAGCUGGGAGCGCUGGCGGCUGGAGCACUUGCACAUCCAGAGGGACAGCAGCAUGAAGCCUCUCAAGUGCCCCACCAGCAGCAUGAGCAGCGGGGCCACUGUGGGCAGCAGUGUGUAUGCAACCACCUGCCACGGCAGCAUGAGCAGCGGGGCCACCGUGGGCAGCAGCAGCAUGUAUGCAGCCACCUGCCAGGCCUGCAGCUGAGUAUCCAGGCCCACCCCUUUCCUGUGGUCCUUGCUGCCGACUGGGUGGCCAUCCCAGGUGGGAAGAGACACCCUCCCGUGGUGGGGAUGGGGGCCUAGGGAAGGCAGGCACACACGUUCACAUUGAUCCCAGCUUUCCCUCCCCGAGUCCAUCAGACAGGCAAAUGGACAGUGCCUCGUGGGACCAAGGCUACAUUUUCUCGGAGGAGAAGCAGCCUGCUAAUUUGAUCACAGUGGCAGGAGGAGAAAAAACGAUUGCUGCUAAAAACCAGGAGGAUUUCUUCCUGUUAAGCCACAAAGGCCCCUGGGGUUCCCCUGCUCCCCGACAGAGCAGCAAAUCAAGCCCAGACUCAAACUCAAGGUCAAUGGCUCAUUAGCAGCCCUGGGGCUUGUGAGAAGAAGUGGUUCUGCAAGUGGCCAACGCAACACCAGCCAAACGCAGAGCUCGGGUGAUGGGAGUCAGUUCUGCUUGCAUCUGGUCGGGGUCACCAUCCUCAUCUCUCCACCCACUUGGGAUGGGGGCUUUUUUCCAGCCACUACCUUGCAGCUGUGUCUGGAAAGUGGCUGCCUGUGGUGGUGUUGGGAAUAAAUACUGGGAAGACUUCUUUACUAGUGCUCCCUUCUCCCUUUUGGGGAGUUGGGUUGCUUUGGUGCCUGCUUCUGCCAUACCCAGGGCACUAGAACAGGUCCACAUCGGGAGUAAGGAGCACUUAGUUCUAAAGAUGAGCCCAGGCAUUUUCGGGACUCAUCUCGAGCCACCUCAGGAAUGUCCCACCAGGUACACAUGGUCUGCUGCUGCCAGGAACCCAGACGGCCAAGAUGUUUGUUGCCUCCAGCUCUCCGUGGAAGGACUUUCUUGGCUGUGGCCACCUGCUAUCUGGAAUGGGCAUUUGGAUGCAUGCUCUUAGCUUUGGGGGAUGGGACUGACCAUCUCCCUUGUGGCCUUGGAGGCAGCCUCCCUGGCCUUUGGAUUUGCCCCUUGUGGGGAGCUUGCAUUGGCUUUAUUCAUUUUUCUCUAUUGCUGUGAAUAGUUUUGGAUGUGCAAACAUGCAAUUCUGAUCUCUCCCACCUGAUGGGAAUAAGAACUAAAUCAUGA